UCCUUUUGAUGAGUUUAAACUUACUUAUAGCUCCCUCAAACGUCAGAACAAGCGUAUUCGUAAAAGAGCUCAUGAUGAAUUUUUAAAGCUACAAAGACUUGACCAACAGAAGAUUCAGGAAGACUGGGUUCAUGUUGGAGAUAAAGUCAAGAUGAAAGGAUUAGAUAAAAAUGGGUGGAAAUACUUUAAGGUUAAUGAUCGACGUAAAUGGAAACUUGAAGAUGAAGAAGAUAAGGCAGAUACUAUCACCAUAGACCCAGUGCUUCAUAAAACUGAUUAUACCAUUAGUCAGCUGUAUAAAACAAGAAGUAAAAUUGAGCCAAACUCUGAAUGGCGUGAGGUGAGAGGCCCAUCAGUUUAUGAGUCAGAGCUGAAAAACAUUGAAGCAAAUUUGGCUUAUGUACAUCGAAAGAAAGAGCAUCCUCUGAGUCUGAAUCAAACGUUCAUGCUUAGAUUUAAUGACAAAAAUGUUAAGGAAUUUAAUUUCAAACUAGAUGAAUCAAAUAUCCAAGAAAGGGUAAGCAAAUGGGUCCUGAAAGGUGUAAGCGAAAGCUAUAAAGACAUCUCUGUUAAACCUCACAAUGGAUACUAUCUCUGCACAGUGGUGAAUAACAAAUUUUACUAUCUUAAGAAAGGUGAAAUAGGGAUUCUGACUGAUGUUAAGGAUAAGGCAGUCAAAAUUGAGAUGUAUCUGUGUGAGAAAGAGAUCAAAGAUCGGAUGGAUAAAGCUCAAAGAAGAAUAAGCUCUAAUAAUUAUUAUUGCUUAUUUGAUUAUCAAUCCCAGUAUCUCAACUUGCUCCAGUAUUAUUCAGAUAAAGAUAGAAUAAACUCAGAUGAGCUUAAUGGAAUGAUUAGUACUAAGUACACAUCAUUUACGAAUAUACAACCUCACAAUUAUUUUGUGGUAACACAUUUACCUAACCAAGGAAUGAUCUACUUUUGGACAGUUCUCAAAUAUUUUGAUCAACUCCACGAUGAAUCAUCUCGCAAAUACUUAGCAUAUGAAAAUGGAGCUUUAACUCUUGUUAAUCAUCACUAUGCUUUCGAAAUUGAAAAAGUUGAGAUAGGGGAAGGCAUAUUAACUAACCAACAAUUUUUAAUCAAAAUUCAAAGCACGAGCAAGUAUUUGAGAAGUAUAUAUUCUACUCACAAUGGAGUUAAUAACAUUGUGGUAUCUGACUUUGAGGCUCCAAAAUCUAAGGAGUUUUAUUUUCAUCUGAGGCAAAUGAAGUUUACUGAUUUAUCACUAAACGAGAUAACAAGUAUUGAUGAAAAUCUAAUAAAUGCUCAAGAGAAGUUAUCUAAAUUAGAUGAUCAAGAUGCUGAGAAUAUGGAUAUCAACAUUCUACAAAAUAUCUAUAGAGAAGCAAAGAUCUCCCUCCAUCAUGCCUUGUAUUUAUUUAAGAAUCGAGAGUUAAACAAGAAUAGAGAAAAAUCUGAAGAUAGAAUGUGAUUGAAAGGUUACUUUAACAAAGACCAGAUGGCUCUAAACAGCUGUUCAUUAGAUUAUGAACAAUAUCUCGGAUGAUUCAAGAAAAUCAGGAUGGAUGCAAUAGAUGGCAAAUAUAGAUGGGAUCUGGCUGAAUCACAAGCCAUUGAUAAUUCUUCAUAUUACUAUACUUCACAAUGUGAGUACUUGCUAGCUCUAGGCUGAUACAAAUCUAUCCAAAAUCCUACUUAUGCUCUGAGGCUUGCUGUAAACGUAAUUACUGAUGAAGAUGAAUGUGUUGAGAAUGAAAACGAUUACAGAGGAAUAAUGAUGCUUCAGAAAAUAGUCGUAAAUGCAUAUAAAAUGGAAAAUAGACAAACUAAAUUAAUAAAUCAGAAAAUAUAUGAGGAAAAGUGCUUUGUACCUUUUAUCCUCAAAGAAGUGAACGACGGCUGGGAUAGAUGUAAUCUUAGUAUUUUGUUAGGCCUUACUACAAAUACCUAUAAAGACGAGAGCUGUGAUUGGAGCUGUGGAAUACUGAAUUAUGGUGUCAUCGAUUAUAUUUCGAAGAAACUAAAAGACGAAGUGAGCAAAAUGGCAGAUCCAAAUCUAAAUGAUAUUGGAAGGAGAAUCCUGACCUAUACAGAGCAACAUCUUGAAGAUGAAAAUUUCAAUUUAGCUAUGUUCUACGACGGUAGAAAGCAGGCAAAUCUAAUGAUUCUCAACCAGAACGAUACUUUCAGAGACUUUAUGAAGGCAAUGCUGUUCAGUUACAGCAUCAAGAUUGGAUUGCAAGAUGAUAUUAAUUUUAUAACAUACUGGAACAAUUGCAUCAAGAAAUUCUGUGAGAGUCGAAAUAUCAAUUCUUACAUCUCUGGAUUUCUGCUGAGACUUUCAAAGAAUAUCAAUAUUCCAGCAAACUAUUUGGAAACUCCAUCUAAAGAUCAAAAGAGAUCAAUGGGAACUAUCUUUGACUCAAGCUUAAAUUUUCUCUGUAUGCUUAAGAACAAUAAUCAAGUUGAGAACAAGUUUUUGGAAUGAGAAGUGCUAGACUGAGUCAUUGAAAUGCUACAGAACCUUUCAUAUGAUGAAAUAAUUUUAUCUAAACUGAAAAAGAAUGCUAAUUUAAGGUCUAUUAUCCAACUUUCAUAUUGCAUCUCUGAUAUGUUCUUUGUGGCAAGACCUCAUGCUUUUGAUUCGAUCAAAUAUACUAAACUUUAUGAUGAGAAUUUGAUCAAGGCAAAUGAAGCUGCUGUGGAAGACAAUUUUCAUGAAGUAGACGUUGUGCUAGAGUCCUACCAAAGAGAAAUGGUCAUGAAAAGAUGAAAAAUCUUCAAUAUUAUUUGUGAGAAAAAGAAGCAUAACAAUCAAGAUCAUAAAGGGGUGGAUAAACUUCCUUAUAUCUUCGAACUCCUUGGAGAUUCUGCUAUAUCUUCGAAGGAAUUCUCUCAAGCACUACAACAGGUGAUCAUUAAAUGGGUAAAUUUUGAAGAUGAACCUGAGACUUCAAGUGAAAUUUUUGAUACUCUUCUUCAAUUUGAUGGAAAACCCCUUGAAAAUUUUGAAGUAGUUGGGGAACAAGAUGAGUUUGAAGGAGACUUUGCUGAUUUAUGACAACAAGCUCUUCCAUUCUUCACAUACCUAGAAGGAAGAGAUGAGCCAAGCGUAUUAUCUCUCAAAAGAAACAUUGUCGACAUCAGUAAGAAUCUGGCUGAAGCCCGUAACUCUGCAUGGUAUAAUAGGAAUAAUUUCCAGAUUCAUGUUUCUAAGAUCUAUAACUUGAUCUCAUUACUUGUGAAGAUUAAUGGUAUUAUGCAGUUAGGAGAGGAACCUAAAGAAAAAUUUGUUGAAACUGCUCAUGAGUUUAUUUUCACUUGAUACGAAUGCUUGAUUGAGGCGGUCCAGCAUCCGAAGAUGAGAGAGCAUGUGUGGAAUUGCAAUGGAUACUUCUUUGCUCUUCGCUGGGAGAACGAGAAUUGUAAUAAUUGCCAUAGCGAGUUAGUGAGGGAGAUUUUGUCAUUAAGUAAGGCAGAGAGGCUGAACCUAGACUCAAUAGAUUGAUUUAAGAAUGCUUUAUCCAAAAUUGGGUACCUUUUUGAUUGGAUUCAAGAAUCAAUAUUUGAAGUAAAUGAUUUGAAGAUGAGAUAUCUGUCUGGUAUAGAGAGAAGUAUUUUGGUCACAGAUGAUUAUUUUAUUAAAGAAUUCAUAUGGCUAAAUAUAGAAAAUCAUCCAGAACCUGAGUAUCCUGACCAUGGAAAUAAUUUGAAGGAUCAGCCAGUUUUAAACCAAAAAUUGGGUAAUGAAAAUAAUGAAAUGUAUAAUUCAGAAAUUGAACCAAACAUUAAAAAAUCGAGAUUUAUCUAUAAUUUGAUAAAGUUUGUUAACCAGAGCAAAAUUCUAGAAGAGCAAGGAUCAGAAAUAUCCACUAGAAAAUUUCAGCUGCUGAUUAACAAACUCCUAACCACGAUAACAAAAAUUGAUCCAACAUCUGAUACUAGCAAAUACAUGCUACAUUGUUUGGAGCUGAUCUAUGAGGUGCUUCAAAAUGACAAAAUUGCACAUAAUCCAGAGAUAAAAUACUUAUUUUACACAGAGCAUGCUACUAAUGCUCUCUAUUCACUUAUUACAAAGAAGUACAACUACACUAAAAAUAUCCAAAAGAUUCGACAUCUUACCUAUUUCAUUCUCAUAAAAUUGUUCAAGGUAGAUGUCUCAGAGGCAAGAAAGAGUUUCAGAUCCUGGACCCACUUCAAUGAUAACAAGAAUGGAUUCUUUGGCAGAAUUUUGAGAUUAAUCAACCUAUUUAAGACAUUCUUCUUGGAUGACAGAUGAACUUAUAUUAUCAGCACUGGUAUCCAUCACACUGACUUUAAGGAACUCCUUUUGGCUCUGAAAUGGCUAACAAUACUAUGCCAAAAUGAUCGGAACUGGCAGGAAUAUCUCCGAGAGCAAGAUAAUUCAGUGAAAAACCAGAAUAUCUUACUUGAGAUUAUUGAGUUAACUAGAGCCAGUGUUCUCAGACCCAAUAAUGAGUUUGCAGUCGACCUUCUCAGAGCAAUCACAAAGCUAAUGUCAGCAACUGUGAAUGGCAAAAAUGAAGAUAUCAUUGAACUAUAUUCCAAUACAACUGUGAUGGGAUACUUAGUAGAGAUUCUAAGAGCAGGCUUCUCUCUGAAUGAACUUCAAUAUAUCAAAAGAGCAAGAAAAGAUACUACCUUUAUGGUAGGAAGGAAUCAACAGAUAAAUGAUCUUAAAGAGGUUUAUGAUAAAAAUAGAAAACGAAACUUACUAAAACAAGAAGUCUUAUGACUCAUCAAUUCAUUAAUUCUUGAAAAUACAAGUCAUGAAAUUCAGACUCCUGAGAAUUAUGAGGUUUUGAAUAACCUGAUGAUCUUGAAUUAUGUCCAGUUCAGGAUUUAUAAAGAUAGGAGCUAUACUUUAGAGCCAUUCAGACCAGAUUCCUCAUUAUCAAAGGUGUAUAAUAUCAACCUUGGAUUCCAGUGUUACUAUCUCAUCGCUAAGCUCUGGAAUAAUAAUGGCCAACCGAAUUACAAUUGAGUCCAAAUUAGUGACACUGAAGGUUUACUUUCUAAAUAUUGGAGGCUGGUGAAGGAGACUGAUUUAAAAUGCUGCACUCAUGUUGCAAAAUAUAAGCCAAUUUCUGAGAACCAAUACAAGAAUUUUAAUACCAAUGGUAAACUGGUUGCCCAAGCUACUAACUUCUUCGAUAGCUACAGCUCAAGGAUUGAGAUUGUCAUGCCAAAUGGAAAGUUAGAACCCAGAUCUUUCGAAAUAUUGCCUUGCUUCUUGUCCUUCACUCAGACCGAGAAAGAUAGAUUCUGGCUAGAGGCAAAUCUGGAUGAUAGUAAAACAGCAGUCAGCUCUUUUAUGCAUUUUGCUCAUGACAAAGUUGAAGAGCUGUUCAUUCAACAAGAAGUUCAAAACAAGUGGUUCUGUCUUCGAGAGGUUGCAAAGAAGAACAAUUGGCUUGCUGAUUUAGGAAAAGUGCUAGUACUAUUGAUCAACUUAAUUUUAUUCUUUUCACUAGAAAUGAAUGAUGGUGAAAUAUUGAACAAUCCAAGCCUGUUUGGGUUGAGUUAUACUGAAACUAAGAAAAUCUUGAUCACUCUUGGAAGCUUUACCCUUGUAUUCUUCCUGUACAUGUCAAUAAUUCAGGGUAUUAUCAUGAUGAGAAUACAGAAAAUCAAGGCGCUCAAAAGGAUGGAUCAUAACAAGGUUAAAGGAGCUUGUAGAAAAGUAGUCAGAGUGAUCUCAUACAUACUUGACAACAAGGAGAAGACUAUCCAGUCAAGGAACAUCUGGUGCCUCCUAAUUUGAUUAUUCUUCUCUAUUGCUGGCUUGGCAGCAGAGUAUUACUGGUUUUCUUUUACGAUGAUAUAUCCGAUAAUAUUCUCGCAGCAUAUUCUUGAUGUAACCAGGGCAGUUUGGAACCCUAAAAAGAGAAUUUUCUUCACAGUUAUCCUAAGUGCUAUUGUUCUCUACUGGUUCGGAAUGAUCGCAUAUGUCCACUUUGGGAAUGACUUGGAUGAUGUCAUUGAAGGUUCGCAUCUUUCACUCCAGAAAACUAUGGCUGUGAUCUUUGAUUUGUGGCAUAAAUUUGGGUUUGGAAAUUUUCUUUCAGAUAAAGGAAUAGGGGCUACUACGUAUUUAACAGAGGAUAUCAAUAAUAAUGAACAGUAUAUAUACCGUUUAAGAGCUGCUAGGCUGUUCUAUGAUUUUGCAUUUUUCUUCAUUGUUAACACCUUACUUUUGAGUAUUAUCAGUGGUAUCAUUAUUGAUGAUUUUUCUCAGAGAAGAAUGAAAAGCGAUACCAUUAAGCAGAGACAAAAUGAUCUAUGUUUUAUUUGUGGAAGAUUGUCAAGAGAAAUUCAGAAGUUUGAGCACCACUGUAAAUUUGUUCACAAUAUUUGGGAUUACAUGUAUUACAUGGGCUAUCUAAAAGAAAUGAAGGAAGACCAGAUAGUUGACUCUAGAGAUAUCCAUGCUUAUAAGUGCAUUCAAAACAAUGAUAAUAACUGGUUACCUGCAUAUAGAGAUUUUGUCAGAAAGGCAGCAAAGAAGCAAAAGCCCAAAGAUAUGCAAGGAGAAGUCAUUCAGGAUCAUUCUGACAAAAGCUUAUCUCAACAAGCAGACUCUUCUAGUCCCGAUUCAGAUGAUGAAGAUGGAAAUACUGAUUACCAAAGGAUCCUCAGAAUCUUAGAGGCAAAAAUGAAUGCUCAAAAUGAUGAUAUCACCUCAAAAAUCAACGGAAUCAAUGAAAGAUUAGACUCAAUGACUAUAAUGAUGGAGAGAUACUUCUCCAGGGUGUCUUCUGAAUAAUAUUGUCUCAUUCGC